CCCCCCACUCUACUAUACCCAUUUCAGCUUUUUGGCAUUAUAAAUUUAUAGUUUAAAUUCAAAAGAUUUAUGAGAUUUGUGAAUAUGCCUGUCAAGGUGCACAGUGCUAGCACAACGACAAUAGGUGGCAAUUCGAAGCAGGCUGGCGUGAAAUUAUUGCUAUCCUCUAUACAACCUAUUGUGACCAAAACCCUGCAAUUUCGAUUUAGGUAAAAUACGAGUUUGGUGUUGUGCCAGUAUUUUUUAAACCAAGUCUGUAGUAUAUGGUUGGUAUUAGUUAGUACGGAGCUGGGUUUUAAGAAAUAAUCAGGGUCAAUUUACACCGCGCGAUUCAUUAUUUGUCUACUGGGUGUGUUGGGAUUGUGACGUAACAUAGUAUAGUGUGACGACACAGACUUACGACAAUAGGGUGCACACAGACCGCGAUAAUUCGACUGUAUUCGCGGAAGUAGAAAAAUCAAGUUUGAGUUCGUAACGAAACUUGUGUCUAAUAGAUGGUGUUUAGAUACAUUAGAGUUAUACAAGGGUUUUGGAAUUCUAUUUACACAGCAAAUGUUAAGGUAUAACAGUUUCGUCGACAUUUUUGUAGGAUAUAGCCCCAAGUGUUAAUAGUAUACAAGUACCAUUUAUUAUAGUAUAUGUGGGGUAAGAUUAGCACACGUUAUCUCAUAUUUUCAAAUUGUGUUUUUAACAAUUAACGACGCUUAUUUAGAGUCAUGAAAAUACGUUUGUGUACUUCCGCUAAUGUUAUUUAUACAGCAAUUUUAGGUCUCAACGGAUUUUGAUCGACAGCUUUGUAAGCCAUAAACGAAAUGAGUUGACACAUAGGGACAUUCUGCGAAACGAAAUGAGUUUUAUGGCUUUGGGCAUGCUACUAUGUUUGGUAUCUGCUGUUGUUAUCAGUGCAAAAAAAUCGAAAUUUAAAAUCCGUUGCUCUCUUGUUUUUGGAGCGGUUACUAUAACGGUGUUGGUGUAUUUGCAAUCAACUGCAAAUGGCGCACGAAUUGUACAAAGCGGUAUCGUCACUGAAGCGGAACGCGUUAAUCACGUGGUACAGCCGGAAGAACGGGAAUUGUUUAAUCAACAUGGGACGCUGAGACAACAGAACGAAGAAAGUUCGCGUCUCAAUGUCAACAAAGAGGAAGAAAUAGUUGGUGUUUCGGAAAUUUUAGAAGAGCCUACGUUGGGCAGUAUGCGUAAGACGAUAAAAAACAUUGAACGGAACAGUCUCGUUGAUAAAGAAAACCUUUUAAAUGAAGAAAUAGGAAAGACGAAAGACCCCGAAGAACAUACAAGUGUUACAAUUCUGCCGCAAAGUCCGACCAGAAAAGUUGAUGACGUAAUGAUGAAUGCGCCUAUACGUCAUCAGAGGUCUGACGUAAUUAGAAUGUUUGAUGACGCAAUGACGGAUCAAGAAAUGAGGGAAUAUAUUAUGGAUAAGCAAGAGGGGAAACACUUUACCCGACACCUUACUCCGAAAUCUGCGGAUUACAAAUUCGGGAAACUUUUGCCGAGAUGGGAACGUCGUGAAAUGGCGAGAUAUCCGAGAAUUUGGUUUGUUGGCGAAACGUCCAAUAAAACUAUUUACGAUAAAGACGACGAUUGUAAUUUCGGGUUCGACGAAUGCAAUGAGAACGAGGGGAAGUUAAGAGUGGUUAUAGGUGACCAUAUUGAUUUUCGAUAUGAAGUGAUCAAAAAACUCGGUUCUGGUUCGUUUGGCACGGUCAUUCAGGCGUGCGAUCACGCAGUGAAGCUGGACAAUCCUCACCGCAUGGUGGCAAUAAAGAUCAUGCACAAUGACAGUUCAGCUGCAAAGUACUUCAAGCAAGAAUUAAACAUGAUGAAACUCGUAGAAGACGUCACAGAACAUAGUACACGAUUCUCUACAACUAUAAGGACUUUCUAUUUCAGAAACCAUUUCUGCUUCGUCAUGGAGCUGCUGGGGGAAUCACUGGAAGACGCACACGAAGAUCCAUUACAUAAUAUACCACUGUUACAAAAAUAUACUCAGGACAUGAUGGACGGUUUGGUUCUGCUACAUAGACACAAUAUUAUACACGGGGAUAUGAAACCGGAAAAUCUAAUGUUCGCAAGAAAUUGUGACGCCUCUUGUGAUGUCUAUUUGAAACUCGUGGAUUAUAAUCUCGCUUGCAUACAAGGCGAUCCUGACUUCGAAUGUCCUGGCGUUUACUUCCAAACACGAUACUACCGAGCCCCUGAAGUUAUAAUGGACCUUGUGUACGGAACAGUAGCUGAUAUGUGGAGCAUUGGUGUUAUACUGGCAGAGCUUUCAUUGGGCAAAGUCCCGUUUUAUGGCGAAACGACUGUAGACCAAUUAGCAGCGAUCAUGGAAGUGGUUGGAUUACUACCACCAUACAUGGUACAAGCAUCGCCGCGUAUACAUAGAUACCAAGAGGCUGUAUGUUACAAAUGUAAGAACGGUUUCAAAAGAACGCCAUACAGAAAAUCAUUCAAUCGAGUUUUUGCUGGUUUGCCGCCGAAACUUUUUGAUUUCAUUCAACGUUGUUUGGAAUUAGAUCCACGUAAGCGUAUGACGUCAGAGGAGGCGCUUCGUCAUCCAUUCUUAAACCAAUCAGAAACGUCGGAGGGAUUUUGGGCACAAGGCGCGGGAGACAAUAAUUCGUAUUAGAAGUGGACUUUAUAUAAAUACAUGUGCAAUAUAUAGGAACUACUAAGGUCUACUCUGCAUUUAAAAAGCACUCAAACUAAUACCCGCGGUUUUACGAAGUUUACCUUAUGCUUACUGUAUAAUUUUAACGUCUUUUUUUGCGUUUCCGAUAGCUUACACACCAUGGGCAGUGCUGACGUCUAUACACAUGAGCAAAUGAUUAAUUAUUAUCUGGGACAGAACACGGCGUCGUGGAAUAGCGGUUACCUGCCCUUGGAACAGAGGAUACGUCCAUUCAUUUAAUCAUGUAUAAAAACUCUUAUGCAAUUUUUUAAUAACAUGUUGGAAAAACAGAUGUCUUGAAAACGACAUUUCCAUUUUCAAAUCGAUUCAUAAAUGAACACGACUUUUCUAAAUAAACGACUUAAAUCACUCUGUACCAAAUAUAUUUAUACAAAAGUAUACGGAAAGCUCGUCAGUGGGCAUAAGAUGUAUAUGAUGAUCCAAUACCCCAUUGCAGUAUACAUAAACACAAAUUGCAAAACCGCGUUUUAGGAAUUACAAAAUACCGUCAUUUUCUUAUAAAAUUCGAACCAUGCAACAACAACUGUAUCGUA